UAAGGUGGAAGUAGUGCCGUCUUGCAGAUUCUUCACAAAACUAACAUACAAGAAGGGACGGAGACCUAACGUAGAUAAAGUACUAUAUCACGAUGACUACUAAAAAAGAUAAAACUGUAAGGCAAAAAGUUGAGGAAUUUUUAAAUGAAGAAAAUCAUUUUACAAAUGGCUUGGCUUUUGUAGAGAAAAAGACAGGAGUGAAUAGAUUAUAUUUAUUUGGAGGAUGCGUCACUUUAUUGUCUUUGUAUUUGGUUGUUGGUUACGCAUCUGGAUUUGUUGUCGCACUUCUUGGAUUCUUGUACCCAGCAUAUGCAUCUGUGAAAGCAAUUGAAAGCACACAGAAAGACGAUGACACACAAUGGCUCACCUACUGGGUGGUGUAUGCUGCAUUCAACAUAAUUGAAUUUUUCUCCGACAUGUUUCUGUCUUGGUUUCCACUUUAUUUCUUAUUUAAGUGUGCUUUCCUCGGCUGGUGUAUGGCUCCUUUUUCAUGGAAUGGUUCCGAGUUCAUCUAUCACAGGUUCAUUGCUCCAUUUGUCUUAAAACAUGAGAAAGAAGUUGAUUCGUAUUUAAAGAAAGGAACUGAAGCAGCAAAGGAUCUUUAUGGAAAAGCUGAACAAGAAGCUAAAAAAGCAGCUCUCGAGCGUAUGACAGCCAGUGGUGAAGAACAAAAGAAAGACGAAUAAAAACCCAUGGCAUUACACGGAAACUUGAGGUGUUCAUAUCAGCAAAACGGUUACAGGUUAUUGUAUCCGUCAAAAAUAUUUCAAAAGGGGAUUCUCGUCGCUGUAAAAAAUGUAUUUUCAUGA